GCAUUAUUUAUGCACUUUCGACCACUACAUAAUAUACAUACAUAGAGUUGUGCGAGUGCUGAGCGAUCGUGGAGCUGUAAAAGUUGGCUUACUGAGCUGCGUUCAUCUGAGUUUGGCCAACACGCUUUGCCUUUGCCAAUAACACAGUUCGAUUUUAUAUUUUAGAUUUAGUUGCGUUCGGCGUUCAAAAGCGGCGUGUACAGUGUGCUUGUUAUGUCGGAAACGAAAAUCGAAAAGUGAAAUUUGGCAGAAAGAAGACAAGAAGAAAACACCGAAAACUGAAACGGAGCUACAAAAUUUAUCUAUUUGUAUAAAAGCGUUUUUGAAAAAAAAACUGCCUUUGAUCAUAUAUUUUCAAAGUAAGUGCACUUUUUGUUGGCUAUAUCGGGCGAACUAACCGUGGUCGCAAAAGCUGUCUGCAAAUUUUCAACCAAUUGCCAAUCUCCAGCAUCCGCCCAAUAUGCGAUAUCAAGACAUUUUGCUCGGUAUUGCCGUGGCCUGUCUAAUGGGUUUCAUUUGUGCCGACGCGAAAACCGUUUUCCGACGAGCAGAUAAAAUAUCUCACCCCUUUCAGCGUCUCAACUUACCUCCGGAAGAAAUAGAUCCAAAUGUUGCGCCACCUGAAUCACAACACAUCGAAUCGCUCAACUCAGAAGACGUUUCGGGUCCUGGUGCUGAUGAAACUACGCAGUUUGCUGAUGAAGUCGUUGAUCAGGCAGAGGAAGUAGCUGCCGCUGUCGUAGAUGAGGCGGCAAAUGAGAUAGUGGACGCCGUUACUAAUGCACCUGCAGUGGCUACGCCGGUUGCAGCAGCAGUAGCUGCUUCUCCGGCAGCUGCUUCGAGCGGCUCGGCUGUCAGCGCGGCAGUGACCGAAGCUACCACAGUACAGAAUCACGAUGAUCCAAAUCCAAUUAGCAAGUAUUGUAAAUGUACCGACGAUCACUGCGAUUGCUGUCGGCAAUUCAAUUUGCCUAUAAUUCCCGUGCGCGGUCCCGGUUGUGCAAAGAUUACCUAUUUGGGCAAUGAGCGUAUGUCGGUAUCGCUUAAAUAUGGAGACAUUACAUUGGCGACUCGCACGAUUUCGGGAAAACGCGCUAAACCCAUAUGUGUGGGCCUACCCGGUGGUUACUCUAAAUUCUGUGGACGCGUUUAUGGUCUGUCAAAAGCUAAGAAUGAUUUCAAGGCUUGCUUGGGCUUUGAGUUGCGCGCUGAGGAUGAGGUGGAGGCAGCAUUGCGUAUUUCAUGCUUCAAAUUUGGACCUGAGGGACUAAGAGUGGCUGAAGCUGAACCGCUACCCACCGAGGUGAAUAAGGACGAAGAUGAUGAUGACAUUUUCGGUUUCGGAGCUGGUGGCGAUGAUGACGAGGAUGAUGACUACGACGACGAGCCGGAGGAAGCCGACGAGACCGAUGAAGAGGAGGACGAAACAGAUGAAGAUGAUGACGUCGAGGAAGAUGAUGACGCAGAGGCCCCCGCCGAUGCUGAUUAUGGUGGCUUUAGCUUGGCCGGACUGCUCGAUGAAUUGGACGAUGAUGAUGAAGAGAAACCAGCGGCAGCUGUCACUCCUGCUGUAGCUGCUGCACCGGCUGCGCCCGCUACACGGAUUGCUGAAAACAAAGACACUGCACAGGGGAAAGAGGAUAGCGAAACCGAAGCAGCCGCAGCGAGUGAUCAUAAUGCCGUCGCGCCAAUUGAUGAAACGGCUGCUGUAACACCCGCACCCGCAGCUGUUGAUGCUUCCACAGUGAAGUCGAAGAAAAAAUCGAAGAAGGCGCGCAAACAAAAGAAAAAGAAGGCCGCCUCGACGGGCGAAAAUGAUUUUGCCCUUGAAAUUUUGAAUGGCAUACUGGAUUUUUUCAAUUAAGCCUGCAAAACGGGCUUGCAGGCAUGUAUGGGAAUAGUGUAAAUACGAUUUAUUAAAGCGAAUUGAAUGCGACCGCUUUAAUUUAAAAAAAAAAA